AAUAAGCGAACUCAUAAAUCAAUGGCUGAUGCAUUAAUGCUUGAUGCAAUCAUUAAAUAAAAUUGCAAACAGCCAAAAAUUGCCUAUAAACGGCUAGAACGUCAUCAGUUACGAUAUUAUAUUAUCACGGAAAAAUAUAUCUCAGUGUAAUAAAAGCAAAUCUUGAACGGAUUUUGAAGUUCGAUCUUAUAUGAUUUACUUUUAAAAGAGAACUGAACUAAUAGGAAGCCAUAGCCAAGUUGCCAAUAAUAUUCGCAUGGUAAUUAAUGUAAGAUCAAAUUGGUGAUUUAUUGAUUUAAAAACUAAGCAAACCAAUAUUACCCUCCUCUGCUAUGCAAAUAUCAGUAGAAUAGAAAUUUUGAGUAACGAAGAAAACUUGUUUGGAGCCUUGGUCAAUGUACCUAAUCAAAGUAGAUCGAGAAACGUCACUGUAGCAGCACAUGCCGUGAGGAGGAUUGAAAAUUAAGUAAAUGCACCAGGAUGAUUCGCCCAUUGUCAACUCUGAGGAUUUUAAUUUGUUAGUUAAUUUAGUUUCGCUGGCUUUCGUCGACCGGUUCGAAUAAUUAAAGCGACAAGGAAUGAUGCUUUCAUUUGGGAAAUCCAUUAGUUCAUUCAGUAUAAGAAAUUGCUAUAAACUCGAUCUUGAAACAUAUUACUGUCCAAAACCAAGGAUAUCCGUUUUUCCCUAUAUAUGAUUAUUUUUAUUGAACAAAUGUUUUUGACAAACUUGCUCGUUACGUUGAGUAUUUUAUUUAUUGUUCCUUAUGUAAUGAAUACCUUUUUCUGUUCUAGUUUUUAUCGUUUUAUAAAUAAACAAAUCGAUAAAGUGUCCAAGGAUAACGGUAUUAGCAGAGAAUUAAAUGAAAUGUAGCUAGCAUAUUGGUAUUUUGUGCAUGAGGAAGAUUAUAGUUUGUCACGUACUUAACCUCAACAAAAUGUUUGGUCUUUUUAGAAAUAUGCAAAAGUAGAAAAUAAAACAAGUUAACUGACAUGCAAAAACUAAAUAAUUUUAAAAAAUUUCGUAUUUUAUUUGUAGCUGUUUUGUCUUUUCUUCUUGGUAGUAUGUUGACCAUUAACUUGACUCCAAUAGAAAGGACUUGCAGAGUAAAGGAUACAGAUAGAGAACACAAUAUUAUGAAGAAUUCUAAACUCAAAAGCCCUGAAUUAAUAAUACUAAUCCUCUCUGCACCAAAAAAUCUCAACAAAAGGAAUAGCAUUCGCAGUACAUGGAUUACUUUAGGAUCUCAAUUUGGAAAAAUCAACCCAAUUGGUUAUACAUUUAAACACUACUUUGUGAUUGGCAACUUUAAUACUAAUGAUGAUAUUUCAUCAGAACUUUAUAAUGAACAGAACAAGUUCAGCGAUAUUUUGUUAUUGCCAGUAUAUGAUAAUUACAAAAACUUAACCUUGAAAGUUCUAAAAAGUUUCCAAUGGUUAAGUGAGCAACACGACUAUGGACUAGACUUCAAAUAUGCUCUAAAAUGCGAUGACGACAGUUUUAUAAAUUUAAAUUCUGUCUUAAUAGAAAUUCAUAAAAUGGAAAAUAUGCUAUUUAAUUCAAAUUUAUAUUUCCCAUUAAAUUUGUCUCCGGAGAAGCUCAACCAUUUCAUUACAACUAGCGUUCAAUCAAAUGGUGAUUUACCAGUAGAAAAUUUAAGUAUAUUUUGGGGGUACUUUAAUGGAAAUGCAAAAAUUCAAACAAGGGGCAAAUGGAAAGAGCCUGACUGGAAAAUUUGUGAUAGAUAUGUCCCAUAUGCUUUAGGCGGUGGUUACAUUAUGAGUAAAAAAUUAGUUCUUUUUAUUGGGAGAAAUGCUGCGGAUUUAAGAAUGUUUAAGUCAGAAGACAUUAGUGUUGGACUGUGGUUGUCUUCAGUGAACAACAUAAUCAGAAUACAUGAUAUCCGCUUUGAUACGGAGUGGAUAAGUAGGGGCUGUAAAAAUUAUCAUUUAAUUAGUCAUGGUGUGUCCACUGUAGAAAUGAGGGUCAGGUAUGAAAAUCUUCUGGCAAAUAAACAAUUGUGUACAGAAGAAAGCAUUAAAAGAGAUUUUUAUUUAUAUAACUGGUCCUUGCCACCAAGUCAGUGUUGCCAAGCAUCAUAAAACUUUACUAAAUGUGUAU